CAACCGAGACACAUCAUACAAUGUCACAAAAGUAAAUCUGUGCUGUGUAUUUUUAAUUAAAAAAAAAAACAGUACUAUUAUGAAAGUGUGAGUGAAAUGCUACAGCCCAGAGUCAGUGUUUGUGAUAAAAUGGCGGGUGUUUUUUUUAAUCUGUUUGUCAUCGCACUUCUGUGCUCUGUGACAUGUCAAGAUAUAAAUGAUAAUGAAUCGAUCGACGCGUCGAGAAUAAAAAGAGAGGGGGUCCUGGAUAACAGGGCGUUUAAUACAAACGCCAUAGUGUAUGACAAUACACCAUGGAGACCUGGACGAGAAAUAGAUAUUAAUAACGGAGCCGACGACGAGAGAAAAUUAAAAAAUUUAGCUACAAGAAUAAUGUCUAAUGGGGUUGAGGUUUUAGUUAGAGAUAAAAGUUCAGAUGGGAAACAAGAACAGACGAAGUACAUGGAAGUCAAAACUAUUCAACCUUCAGCAACUAGUAAUAUGUUUUUAAGCAAUAUCCCCAAAAUAGAAAAAAGAAUUGAUAGCCAAGAAGAAAAUAAUUUUGACCUCAUAGAGCCAUCUGAAUUAGGUCAUAUGCCAUGUACUAGUUCUUGCACUUGUAGUCAUACGAAAACUGAAUCUUUAAAAACCAAAUAUACUAAUGCAAAACAACCGUCUGCUUUAGCGACAGAUAAAUACCUUAUUAAAACUACUAAAUACAGCGGCACGAAAUUGGAUGUUCGACCGACUCACAAAGAAGCUAUUGAUCAGACAUUAUACCGCCCAUAUGAAUACGAGACUAGUUCUCAAGCAGCCCCUACAGAUAAAAUUGUAGAGAAGUAUACACAAGUAAAUGAUUACUCUGAUGAAAAAGAUUCAAAUUCAGUGGAGACAAGUGAUCUAUUAACCAAUGAACAAGCACCGCCGGCAAAACAUAACAAUAUAUCUACAAGUAACACAUCUAUAAAACCCAAGCCAGACAAAACCCAGAAAAUAAAUAAAAAUAAAUUUGUAAUGGCGGAACUUAUUAAAUUAGGUUCAUUAGGUAUAAAAGGUUUAUCUCAAUUGGCUCCAGUAAUUGAAAAAAUGACAGGUGGUUUUAUGAAGCGACAAGAAACAAAUAAGACGGUAAUAACAACCACAACUGUUAAACCAGUCAGCAAACUUACAAUUUACAAUGCAAAUAAAAGAGUAGAUAAUGAUUUGGAAUCUAAAGUAGGUAAUUUUCCAAUCUAUAUACCUGUCGAUGAAAUGGAAACUUCUGAAUCUCAAAUAUCUUAUAAAAAUGUUACCUUACAUCAAAAUUUUGCAUGGGCAACUGAUAAUAAGCAUUCUAAAGGACAUCUUGUAAAACCUAAAAUAAUAUAUGAGAGUCCACUCUUGAAUGGUGGAAUACCAAUAAGUCCGGGUGAAAUUAUAACAGCGAAUUCAGAUGUGAUAGUUGGAAAACCUGCAGUAGGUGGACCGUUAACUUUAGUUGCAAGUGGAAUUAAACUACAGAAUCCGGUUCACCCUCCGCUAAUAGAUAGUGUUGUUGCAAAUAAUGACCAAUAUCUAGUAAAAGAAAAACCAAUGAAUGACCAAACUAUAUUAAAUAUGAAAGUGGAUGACUCUUUUGAUUUAAGACCACCAGAACUACCUAAGCUAAAAUCAAAACCAAAUAAAAAUACUCGCCCUCAUGGGGGUCAUUUUAAUCAGCAAAGUUCCCAACAGUGGUCGUCAACUAAUUCACAUAUAAUAUCUGAACAAAAUAAACAAUCAGGUAUACUUAAAAAUAAAGAAUCAAUGGUAAUUAACCAUGGUAGACCAGCGUUUUUAGAUUUUAUACCUUCUUUAAAUAAACAUUCCAAUAAUAUUCCUAAAGAUCAUCAAGUUAAUUACAGACCUUCAAUUAAGGAGCAAGAUAUUCCAGAUAACAAUCCAAGUUCAUCUGAAGUAAUAAGUACUAAAAUAACAACAGAUGGAAGGUACACUGACGUAGAAAAUGACGAUUCUGAAAAUAAACCAUUUUUAGUUGAUAUACAACCUUCUAGAGUAGCUAAUGUAUUGAUUCCUCAUGGCAGUUCGACAGCUUUAGUAUUUGCUGGAUCAUCUGAACCUCAUAAAACUGGAGAUUACAUCGACGAUCCUCUACCUUACCCAGAACCUGGGUACUUUGGAAGUUUUAGCAUUGAUGCACCACAUAUGACCAACGUUCAUAACGUUGUUCCAAAUAAAAACCAAUUUUUUGGAAAACCAACAAUUAAGUCUACAUUUGAUUCAUACGCAAAAGAUGUAUCACCAACGUAUAAAGGAACCGGACUCAAUAACGAUCAGAAAGUAAAAUGGAAUGAAAAUAAACGCCCAAAAGAUUUAAUGAAUAUUCCUCCACCUACAAGUAAUCAAGAAAGUCACAUUCAAGUAGGGCCACAGAUAACAGCGUAUAAUCCAGAAAUAUAUAAGGUUGAAUUUGAUAAAAAUUCUAAACCCAAGGAAGAAAAAGAUAUAAUUGACAAGGAAUAUGAAAAUUAUCUUGCUGUUCCACCGCCACCACCUAAAAGGCAUUACAAUCAGGAAAUAAGAUAUGAUAAAAAAAGGUAUCAGCAAAGACCAAUAGUUCAUACAAAACCUAUACAUGACAGCAACGUGUUUUUAAAUAUUCAGCAUCCAAUAUCAAAUCAACUUCCUCCGAAAGUAACAUCAGAAAUUUAUUUUGCAUCGCAGUUACCAAAUAAUCAAGCUACACCAACAUAUUCAUUUAAAAUACCUCAAACACCAACCACCGUUACUACAGCGCAGGUGAAACCACCAAAAAAACCCAAUGAACAGAUACCUAAAACAAACAAUGCAGUAACAUCUUCUAAUGCAACAAAUAAAUCCGUUAUUACCAGCAACAUCCAGGAAAACUCAUACACUAUAACAUUGAAUACUGCAGCUAAUGUAGCAAGUGAAAGUAAUUCGGGGCAAAUCAUAGGUUCAAGCAUUUCCGUACCAAUCACCACUACGUCUCUUAAUGGUCAAAUAAAUGCAAAUAUACCUAUAGGAACAAAUUUUGCAAUAAGAGUUGAAGAUGACCCUUCAAAAUACGAAAGUGUUGCAUUACAUGGCAAAAGACAUCCAUCGCUUAUAUUCGAUGACCAUGAACGAGAGACUGGUAAUAAUUUUAAUAGCUAUAAAGAAAACAAUUUUGAAUAUCAAUCUAACCAAACUAAAUCAAUGUUACCCAUAAGACAAACUGAUAUUAAUACAAAUAUCAGAGAAAAACCGAUACACAAGGAUCAUAGUAAUUUAUUACCGCCAUCUGUAAAUAGUCAUGCUAAUUUCCCUAUGAUAAAUGAAGAUACAAAUGGAUACAUAAAUAUAAAUUCAAACUAUGCGGAUAAUAAAAAUUUAAACGCUGAAAAUAAACCUAUAUCAUUUGUACCGGACAUUUCAACCAAUUCUCACGGGUGGUAUGCCAGCGUUCUUAAAGAAGAUAAUUUGAAAAAUAUAAAAGUUGAAGCAUCUACUCGAAAAAUAAUACCAUUGAAUUUCGAUAAUAAGUCGGAUAGUCUACCGGAAUUCGGUGAAAAGAUUGCGACUGUUGGAAAACCGCCAGAAUUUUGGGAUCAAAAGAAUAAGCAAACAGUUAAUAAUUUCAGUAUUGGUAGACCAUUUUCGAAGACAAACGAAGGUCAAAAAUCUAAUGUACUGCCUUUUACAAUAAAACCUAACUAUAUUCCAUCUAAUUUUGGUAACAAGCAACCAGUGUACGAUAUACCAUUAAGAGAUAAUAGCAAUGAAGUUACUACAACAAAGAUAAUUUACCCGAAACCAACGAAAACUAUUUACGAAACUGCUGAAGAAAUAUAUGAUGGUGAAGAAGAAUCAGAAAAUAAUAGUGAAAUUGAUGGUGAAGUUAGUUCAGAAUCUAUGAAAAUACCAAUUAUAACUACAUCUGUAGCUAAGAACAACUAUACAAAAAGUUCACCUUCCUUAGAAAAUGUAUUCAAUCAAAAUGUAAACCAACACAGCGAGGACGUAAAGCUAGUUAACUUUAAUCCUGGAACACAAACAGAAAAACCUUUUACUUCAUAUAAUAAAACAACAUUUCAGUCAAAUAAUAUUAAGCCUAUUUAUGAUCACAAUCCAUAUAUGAAGCCUAGGCCAUUUACAAUUAACACUGCAAUACCAUUAGAUCAUCAAUUACAACAACCACAUUGGCAAAUCAAUCAGUUAAUGGAAAACAGUACGAACGCAUCAUAUGAAGAUAAUAUGGAAUUAAAUAUUGGAGAAGAAAAAUACACUGCUAUGACAAGUAGACCAUUUUCCACGAGAAAGCCAGUUGGUUUUAAGGAACCAGAAAAUAAAUAUAAAAACCAACAGAAGAAUACGGUCUUAUUAAACAAUACGGGCAUAUCAAACGAAUCUAAUAUUAUAACGUCAACUAUUCAAAUUCAAGACAAAAAACCUUUAAUUGUGGAACUAGAUGAAAAAACAACACUUAAACCAUUUAUAAUUAAAUCUGAAUCGGAUAGGUUAAACAGUUCCUCAAGUGAAAUAAUUGAUUUAUCGCCACCUCCACCGACUGUAAAUUACAACUUCAAGCCAUCAAUUCAUGAUGAAAUUAUGGGUAUGAGCCCACCUCCACCCAGAAACCCCCUACAAAGAGUUCCAUCAAGAAUACCCCAAACUCCGAGACCGAUUUUACCUAUGAGAACACCAGCUCCAUAUAGGACUGUACCACCAAAAACAUUACCUCCUAGGCAGUCGACUCAGCGACCUGUAAGGAAGCCAUUGAAGGAUGAAGUUUCAACAUAUAGGCCAACUUAUGAUAUUGUUAAUAAAGUUAAAAGGCCCUCUUUUAAUAUUGAUCAACCUUCUUCACAUUUACUACCUCCUCCGAGAGAACUACCUUCUAAGAUAACUUCAAUACAAAAAGAACCCAAACCGACAAUUUCUUCUGUAACAGACGUUGUUUUCCCAACUGCAGCUUCCUCCAGUUGGUUAACUUCAUCUAAUUUCGAUUUUUCAUCGAGUUUUAAUUUUGGACCUUCAUCUGUAUAUUUUCCAGACAACGUGUCACCUACAAAAAUACCCGAAGAUUCCGAUAAAAUAUCAUUAGAAUCUUCUUCGGAAAAUAUAUUUAUUUCAAAUGAAUACGAAACCUCAACCGAGGCAAUAGAUAGUAGUCAUGAAAAUCCUGUAACGCAAAUAACAGAUUCAAGAAAAGAAAAUAAUACAAAGCUUCUAAAUAAGGAAAGUGAAUUUUCAAUCGAGCAAGAACAAGUUGAGUCAAGUAAGGAAGAUAUAAUUAAAGAUAGAAUGAAGGUUAUUCCGAUUGGAAAUAAAAAUCGGACUCGUAAGCCUUAUCCAAUUCGUAAUGAUGAUAAAAAGUCAAGUACAAGCAAAUUUAAACUUCCAUCUAAGACUGUACCUGUAAUAAGACCUACACGAACACUAUCUCGACCGGAACUUUCAUACCCAACGAGAUUAACUUCAAUAAAAAAAAUUAUAAGACCUCUACCUUCUAAACCAAUAUCUGUUUUCCCCACUAAUAUUAUAGAAAGUUCUGAAUCGUCCAUAGAGGAAGAGUAUAUUAAGCCAACUGAGGUCCUUAAAGAGGAACAAGUAUCAACGGAAUCACUAAAAGUACCAUCUAUUAUAGAGAAGACAUCUACUUUUACCAUUAAUAACGAUCCAAUGACGUCGAAUAUACAUAAACAACAUCAUGCUGGAAAUGAAAUCAAGAUAUCAGAUGAAAUCAUACCCACAAAAACGGAAUUCAGAACAACUAUAAUUACGCUCACUAAAACAUUAUCAGAACCACCUCAAACAGUUUCAAGUGUUGGCUAUGUAAACCUUACUCACACAUUGACCGUAACUCAUACCAAAACUACUUUAGUCAGUCAAUCUGAGGGAGCUGUAACACAAACACUGAUACUAACCAACACCCACACUUCUACGAUAGUUGAUGUCGUAACCGAGAUAUACACAAAAGUACAACCAACUACAAUUGUAGAAACAGUCACAAAACAUAUUCCUAUACCUCAAGUUGAAGCAACUUCUAUCAUCGAUUCAUCAUUACCAACAAAGAUAGCUCUUGACGAUAUAACCAUGUCGUCAGAAGAAAGAGACAACUUUAUUAUAAGAGACAAUGAUGUUACUGAGAAUAUUCAAAAAAUUGAAGUAGAAGAUGAUAAAGAUAAUGACACAUUCUUUGUUGUUAUGAACAAAUCACAAAAUGGUGGCAAAUCUCCACCUAUUCCAGAUAUUGAUACGGGAGAUUAUGAUGUUACUAGAAAUGAACAAGUUAACAAUAACGGAGUAUCACAAGUAUUAUUUGGAGAAAUAUUGUUAGCCGGCACGCCUUAUUUAGAAACUACGAAUGUUGUACACCCUACGGGUGUUGGAUAUGGAAAAGAAUGUCAACCAGAUUGCAAGGCUUCAAGAAACGAAAGGUGUCAGAGAAUAGACGGUAUUAUGAAAUGUGUAUGCAGGCCCGGUUUUGCUAGAAUGUUCCCUGACAGACCUUGUAAACCUACUUAUACAUAUUCAGUAAGAUUAGCAUUAGGAUCACAAGGCAAUGAACGUUUGAAAUUCCAUACAAACUUGUCUGAUAACUCUAGCAAGGAAUAUCAUAGCUUAGCUGUUGCCACCCAUGAAGGAAUCAAUAGAAUGGUAAUGCAAUCUGAUCUGCGUGACGUUUAUCAUGGCGUACAUAUAACUGGAUUCCAUCCCAUUGAAAUGAUAACAGCCCAAGAGGAAACAUAUCAGGGUGUCAUUAAUGACUUCUAUGUACAGCUCUCAGACAACGCUCACGAGAGUCGAUUGAAAGAAGUCAUAGAGAAAUACCUAAGAAACAACAACUAUAGCCUUGGUGGUACAGAAGUGCACGCAGCGGAAGAGUUCAUAGACAGGCUAAAUGUUAGCGAUUUCGACGAAUGCAUCAGUGGUCAAUUCCACGAUUGUUCAGAACACGCUCGGUGUUUCAAUCUCCGCGGGACCUACACUUGUAGUUGCUUGGAAGGUUAUGCGGAUCUAAGUGUGAACACAUUGUACCCAGGGAGAAUAUGUUCUUCUGAUGCAGUUGGUUGCGCUGGCUGUAACUACCAUGGUACUUGCUUCGAGCGGGAAAGUGCCAUGAUCUGCGAAUGCUUUAAGUGGUAUGCUGGCAGAACUUGUCAAGUCAAUCUAAAAGCUGUAUUAAUAACAGUAACGGUCAUUGGGUUGGUAAUCAUCCUUGUGGUGACUAUCUGGGCGUCUAAGAGGUGUUGCUGUCAAAAGGGUCCCGCCACGCAGACCUUUGUGAUCGGCUGUAUGCAAGGAAUGCCUAGUUUGCAUCAGGGAAAUAUACCUUCGAAACAAAGAGCUGACAGACGAGCAUUGAUAGCUGAAAGAAUGGAGACGGCUGAAACCUGUAGUGUUCAAAAUACUUCCUUACCAUAUAUCCCGUCAAAGUCCCGCUCGCGCUCGUCGUGCAGUCGCCAGUGCGCGGUGUCGGCGCCGCCCGCGCACGCGCCGCCGCCGCCGCCGGCGCCCGCGCUCAUGAUCCCCCGCGCGCGUCUACACCCGCUGCACUCAGACAGUCGCGACAAUUUAUCUAGAAAGAAGAGUACCGAGAUUUGCAGUGAAGCAAAAUUGAUAAGUUAUUUAGAAUCCGGGGCUACUAAUGCUACAGACGAAAUGCGUAGAAAACAUAGUAUGGAAUCGUCAUAUAGCGUCAAUAAAGAAAGAUCUAACAAACAAGGAGCAUUAGUAUCAGCAGGGUUCAAAGUUUCGACAACAGUUCGACCUGACGACUCUGUUAAAGAAGAUAGAGAUGACGCUUCAUCCAUUAACAAGACUGAUUUAGAAGGAGAUAUGUCUCGUUUCGACACGCUUCGGAAGACUUAUAGUCAAGAAGAUAUAUCCGAAUGGACAGACGCAGAGCGACGCAUCGGUGAACUCACAUUAUCCGAAGCCCGGUCAGUAGGAGGGACCCUACCAGCCAGUACUGGUAGGGCUGCCUCAUCUACCAGGCUAACUCAUCAGGAGGCAAACACAAUGGCUGAACGAGAUCUUGGCUCCACUUUCCUCCUGCCCCACGUGCACCUCUAUAAAUCUGAUCUUACUAGCGACGUAUCGGAGUUUGAUUCCCUGUGAAGACUGUUUAUUUAUUUAUUUAUUUAAAUUAUAAUUAAAUUUUCGCUAACACAGAGGCUAUUAAAGUAUUACAAAUAUAUCAGCUAAUUAAAAUUGAUUU